CCCGCCCCGCACGGCCAGGCGAAGCGGAGCCGGGGCCGUGCGGAGUGUGAGCUUGUGUGUGUGUGUGCGUGUGUGUGUGCGUGUGCGCGCGCGUGUGUGUGUGUAUGUGUUCGCGGGGCGCCUUCUCAGCCCCGGGAAGAUGGUGGCGGCGGCGGCGGCGACCGAGGCGAGGCUGAGGAGGAGGAGGAGGAGGAGGACAGAGGCGACGACAGCGCCCGCGGGCACGGACGGCGGGCGCCGCGGGGACUGGGACGCGCCCGGGGCGGGGAGGCCGGGGCUGGGGGCCGGGCUGCGCCUCCUGCUCCCGUCGCCGCCGCCGCCGCCGCUGCUGCUGCUGCUGCCGCUGCUGCUGCCGCUGCCUUGGGCGGCCGAGGCCGCGGCGGCCGCGGCGAUCGUGUCGGGCUCCGCCGCAGCCGAGGCCAAGGAAUGUGACCGGCCCUGUGUCAACGGCGGCCGCUGCAACCCUGGCACCGGCCAGUGCGUCUGCCCCGCCGGCUGGGUGGGCGAGCAAUGCCAGCACUGCGGGGGCCGAUUCAGACUAACUGGACCUUCUGGGUUUGUAACAGAUGGACCUGGAAAUUACAAAUACAAAACCAAGUGCACGUGGCUCAUCGAGGGGCGGCCGAAUAGAAUAAUGAGACUUCGUUUCAAUCAUUUUGCUACAGAGUGUAGUUGGGACCAUUUAUACGUUUAUGAUGGGGACUCAAUUUAUGCACCCCUAAUUGCCGCCUUCAGCGGCCUCAUCGUUCCCGAGAGAGAUGGCAACGACACUGUCCCUGAGGUGGUCGCCACAUCAGGUUAUGCCCUGCUGCAUUUCUUCAGUGAUGCUGCUUAUAAUCUGACUGGAUUUAAUAUCACUUACAAUUUUGACAUGUGUCCAAAUAAUUGCUCAGGCCGAGGAGAGUGUAAGAUCAGCAACGGCAGCACCACGGUGCGGUGUGAAUGCUCUGGAAACUGGAGAGGGGAAGCCUGUGACAUUCCCCACUGUGUCAAUAACUGUAGCUUUCCCCUCGGAGGCGUCUGCUAUCCAGAUACCGCCAGAGGGUGCGCCUGCUUUGGGAACUGGCAGGGUCCCGGAUGUUCAAUUCCUAUGCCAACUAACCAGUCAUUCUGGACUCGAGAGGAGCAUUCUGACUUAAAGCUCCCCAGAGCUUCUCACAAGGCGGUGGUCCAUGGGAACAUCAUGUGGGUCAUUGGAGGGUACAUGUUCAACCACUCAGAUUACAGCAUGGUUCUCGCAUACGAUCUUUCUUCUAAGGAGUGGCUUACACUGAACCAGUCUGUGAACAAUGUCAUGGUUAGAUACGGACAUUCCUUAGCGUUACACAAGGAUAAAAUUUACAUGUACGGAGGAAAAAUUGAUUCAACAGGGAAUGUGACCAAUGAGUUGAGAGUAUUCCACAUUCACAAUGAGUCCUGGGUGCUGCUGAGUCCGAGAGCCAAGGAGCAGUACGCAGUGGUUGGACAUUCGGCACAUAUCGUCACGUUGAGCGACACACGCGUGGUCAUGCUCGUCAUCUUUGGUCACUGUCCCCUCUAUGGAUAUAUCAGCAAUGUGCAGGAGUAUGACUUGGAAAAGAACACGUGGACGAUACUGCCCACCCAGGGCGCCCUGGUCCAAGGCGGCUAUGGCCACAGCAGUGUUUACGACCGCAACACUAAGGCCCUCUAUGUCCACGGGGGCUACAAGGCUUUUAGUGCCAACAAGUACCGACUCGCAGACGAUCUCUACAGAUACGACGUGGACACAAGGAUGUGGACCAUUCUCAAGGACAGCCGGCUCUUCCGCUACCUGCACAGCGCGGUGGUGGUGAGCGGCACCAUGCUGGUGUUCGGCGGGAACACGCACAAUGACACCUCCAUGAGCCACGGCGCCAGGUGCUUCUCCUCGGACUUCAUGGCUUACGACAUUGCUUGUGACCGCUGGUCCGUGCUCCCCAGGCCUGACCUCCAUCAGGACGUCAACAGAUUCGGACACUCGGCAGUCUUGCACAACAGCACCAUGUACGUGUUUGGGGGUUUCAACAGUCUCCUGCUGAGUGACAUCCUGGUCUUCACCUCGGAGCGCUGUGAGGCUCACAGGAGUGAGGCCGAGUGCUUGGCCUCCGGCCCCGGCAUCCGCUGCGUGUGGGACCCGCCCCUAUCUCGGUGCAUCUCCUGGGAGCUGGCCAGCGUCGAGCAGCAAGAGAAGUUAAAAUCUGAGUGUUUGUCCAAAAGAUCCCUUGACCAUGACAGAUGUGACCAGCACACGGAUUGCUACAGCUGCACGGCCAACACGAAUGACUGCCACUGGUGCCCGGACCACUGCAUCCCCCUGAACCACAGCUGCGCGGAGAACCAGCUCUCCAUCUCCAAGUAUGAGAACUGCCCCAAGGAUAACCCCAUGUAUUACUGUAACAAGAAGACCAGCUGCAGGAGCUGUGCGCUGGACCAGAACUGUCAGUGGGAGCCUCGGAAUCAGGAGUGCAUCGCCUUGCCUGAAAAUAUCUGCGGCAUUGGAUGGCAUUUGGUUGGAAACUCAUGUCUGAAAAUCACGACCGCCAAGGAGAACUACGACAACGCUAAACUGUCCUGCCGGAGCCACAGUGCCUUCCUGGCUUCUCUCACAACCCAGAAGAAGGUCGAAUUUGUCCUGAAGCAGCUGCGAACAAUGCAGUCCUCGCAGAGCAUGUCUAAGCUCACCCUGACCCCGUGGGUUGGCCUCCGGAAGAUCAACGUGUCCUACUGGUGCUGGGAAGACAUGUCCCCGUUCACGAACAGCCUGCUGCAGUGGAUGCCAUCGGAGCCCAGCGACGCGGGCUUCUGUGGGAUCCUGUCGGAGCCCAGCAUCCGGGGCUUGAAGGCUGCCACGUGCAUCAACCCCCUCAACGGCAGCGUCUGCGAAAGGCCUGCCAACCACAGCGCCAAGCAGUGCCGGACCCCGUGUGCCCUGCGGACGGCCUGCGGCGAGUGCACGAGCGGCAGCUCCGAGUGCAUGUGGUGCAGCAACAUGAAGCAGUGCGUGGACUCCAACGCCUACGUGGCCUCCUUCCCGUUCGGCCAAUGCAUGGAGUGGUACACCAUGAGCAGCUGCCCCCCUGAAAAUUGUUCCGGCUAUUAUACCUGCAGUCAUUGCUUGGAGCAGCCAGGCUGUGGCUGGUGCACGGACCCCAGCAACACUGGCAAGGGGAAGUGCAUCGAAGGCUCCUCAAAAGGACCCGUGAAGAUGCCCUCGCGAGCACCAACGGGCAGCCACUACCCACAGCCCAUCCUCAACUCCAGCAUGUGUCUGGAGGACGGCAGAUACAACUGGUCUUUCAUUCAGUGCCCAGCUUGCCAGUGCAAUGGCCACAGCAAAUGCAUCAAUCAGAGCAUCUGUGAGAAGUGUGAGAACCUGACCACAGGCAAGCACUGUGAAACCUGCAUCUCCGGCUUCUACGGGGACCCCACCAAUGGAGGGAGGUGUCAGCCGUGCAGGUGCAAUGGGCAUGCCUCGCUGUGCAACACCAACUCGGGCAAGUGCUUCUGCACCACCAAGGGCGUCAAGGGUGACGAGUGCCAGCUGUGCGAGGUUGAAAAUCGGUACCAAGGGAACCCCCUCAAAGGCACCUGCUACUAUACUCUCCUCAUCGAUUACCAGUUCACCUUCAGCCUGUCCCAGGAAGAUGACCGUCACUACACCGCCAUCAAUUUUGUGGCUACACCUGAUGAACAAAACAGGGAUUUGGACAUGUUCAUCAAUGCCUCCAAAAACUUCAACCUCAACAUCACCUGGGCUGCCAGUUUCUCAGCCGGGACUCAAGCUGGAGAAGAAAUGCCAGUUGUUUCAAAAACCAACAUUAAGGAGUACAAAGAUAGCUUCUCGAACGAGAAGUUUGAUUUUCGCAACCACCCAAAUAUUACUUUCUUUGUUUACGUCAGCAAUUUCACCUGGCCCAUCAAAAUUCAGAUCGCCUUCUCCCAGCACAGCAAUUUUAUGGACCUGGUACAGUUCUUCGUGACAUUCUUCAGGGAUCGAACCCAGGGCCUCACACAUGCAAGCUGCUUCCUCUCUUUGCUCCUGGUGGCCGCAGUGGUCUGGAAGAUCAAGCAGAGCUGCUGGGCCUCCCGGCGCCGAGAGCAACUUCUGCGAGAGAUGCAGCAGAUGGCCAGCCGUCCCUUUGCCUCGGUGAAUGUGGCCUUGGAGACAGACGAAGAGCCUCCCGAUCUGAUUGGGGGGAGCAUCAAGACUGUCCCCAAGCCCAUCGCCCUGGAGCCCUGUUUCGGCAACAAAGCUGCUGUCCUGUCUGUGUUCGUGAGGCUCCCCAGAGGCCUGGGAGGGAUCCCGCCCCCCGGCCAGUCAGGUCUCGCGGUGGCCAGCGCCCUCGUGGACAUUUCUCAGCAGAUGCCCAUCGUGUACAAAGAGAAGUCUGGGGCCGUGCGCAACCGGAAGCAGCAGCCGCCCGCACAGCCCGGGACCUGCAUCUGAGGCCGGGACCCGGGGCCGUCUGUGAGCGUGUGUGCCGAGCCGCUGUGGCAGGAAGACCUGGAGGUGCGGGGCAGUGAAGACUGGAGACCCCCCCACACACAACCAUCCGUCCGUGCGUCCGUCCGCCUGCCCGCCUGCCCGCCUGCCCCAUCUGCAUGCUCACGAGCUCUCUCUAGUGACCGUCUCUUCCAUCCGUGCUCCAGCGUCGAACCUUUUCACUUUUGCAUAGGAAACCGUCGUUUUUGUUCUAGGCCCAGGGCUGAUCCAGUUGUGGCUGGCAGAGGCUGGUGUGGAGCCAGGGAGAGAGCUGGGAACAUGCCACUCAGCGUCCCGGGGCUGCUCUUGGGCGGGCUCCACUGUGCAAAAAAACAAAAACAAAAACACACAAGCUGUUGCGUUUACAAGCAGACUUUCGUCCUCAGCUGUUCUUCAACAUGGUCUCUUUUACCAACUCGUCAGGUGAAUCACCGGUUUUCAUCCGAAGCCUGCUCUCUUUUUAAAAGAUGUGCUAUUUAUUCUUGCACGGUUAGGCAGAUCCCUCUCUUCCAGGGAGUCGCUUUUUUUCUAGUUGAAAAUUAAUAAUGGUCCAUCUCUUUUGAAUCAUACCAAAUUAAGAUAGGCGUGGGCUAUUUUAAAUGUCAAGGCCGGCAGUGUUACUUAGAAUGUAAACUGAUGUCCUAGGUAGUUUUUCUAUAGUGACUUGAUUUAGUGUGGGACCGACCCAUUUGAAAUUUUCUCUCUCUCACUCUCUCUCUAUUUCACAUACAUACACACACACACACACACAAACACACACGUGCGCGCGCGCACACACACACACACACACUUAAGUGCCUAGACUUUAACUAGAUCUAGCGAUUGAAAAGUUAGUAAGCCUAAGUUUUUACAUAAUUGCAUUCCUACAUUCUUUAAAAAAAAAAAACUAAAUAGCUAUCAUUGGCAGCCUGCUCUUUUUCUAAAACCCAAGGGAAAGACUAGAAAGCAUUUCCUCACCCCCAGGCAUGUCUCACCUGGCAGCAGGGACGAGAGGGAGCAGAAAGGACCCACUGAAAGCUGCUGUACUUAGGGUUGAAAAGGACACCCCGUCACAUGCCCGCCCCAGGCCUGAGCUCUUCCGUCCUGGUGCAGGACUCCCCCAAACAGCUCCCCCCAGUGGCGUCUCCCCGCCCCUUCCCAGGCCACUGAGGGGCAGGCCGUGACCCGCUCUCCCUGGGAGGGGCUGUGCCCUCCGUCCUUCUCCCAGGCCCGGUUGGUGGCUAUCAGAGGGCCGGCCUCGAGCACAGGCGAGAAGGAAAAGCACAUGGAUGGGGGGGAGGGGGGGGCGAGGCUAGACUCUGGCCAGGAAGAGGGACCACUCGGCCCAGACAGGGUAGAUCCGGGCUUCCCCGGGCACUGCCCAGCACUGGCGAGGCCCGGCCACGGUGCUCGACUUCCCACAUGACGCAGCCAGCGGCUGCCCGAGCGGGCUCUUCCUCGCCUCAGCCUGAGCUCCCCAGCAUCCCUCCUCUUGGGGUGGGUCCCCAGGAAACAACGCUCAAGUUUGUGCGUUUGGAAAAAGCGUCUUCAGACACGCAAAAACUGCGACCUUUGGCCUGCCACCGGAGUGCCUAGAGAGAGAGACAGAGCACCUCCCCCCGACGCCGACCCCGCGCCCGCGAGAAUCAGAAGCAAACUAGAGAACUGAUGCACAGAGACUCCUCCGCUGGAGACUCACCUCUCCACAUGCUGCUUUUUCAUUGCUUUGUUCAAGAGCAAACGGUUCUAGAAAAGAGAAGAUGGUUCUAGAAAAGACCGCCUCCUUCUAGGAGUUCCCCACGUCCCCGUGCCAGAUCCCAGCACACCCACAGUGGACUGACCUUCCGCUUCUGCGACCUCCGGGCAGCUUUUUGGCAGAGAAUGACGGCGGCCCUUGGCAAGGGUCUCCAGGAGGGAAAGGACCAGGUUUCCUUGCCAAAGAAGCGUUUUUCCCAGUGGCAGGCCCAUGCCUUGAAAUAGUAACGCACCACAUCCCGUCCCCGCCUGAUUGUCUCUUACGUUUGCUGUUGUUGUUGUUUUCCUAAGAGAUAAUGUUUAUUUUUGAAAGGGAAAGAACGAGUGAUGACGUUUCGUUCUGCUCCCGUCACGGAGGAACAGCUGAAUCCAUCUGCUGCUCCUUUGCAGCUAGGAGCGAGUGCUCCCUCCCGGCCCUCGCCAGGAGACACUCAGCUUUGGGCCAGUUACCACCCGGGAGUCAUCUGGGCCCUCGGAGCAAUGCCUGUGAGUCACAGGAGAGCCUGUACAUAGACGAACUCAUCAUGGUAACAUCGGUAUUGCACUUGUAUAUAGCUCUCCAGUCGUGUCUGGGAUGCCCAGGCCUUCAGAGUGUACAUAGGACAGAAGAAUAGCUUCAUGUAUUUUUAUUAAAUGUGACCAUGUCUGAGUUUCACCAAAUAGGGUGUGUGUGUGUGUGUGUGUGUGUGUGUGUGUGUGUGUGUGUGUGUGUGUGUGUGUGUGUGUGUGUGUGUGUUUGUGUCAUAGACCAGGUCCCCUGAUGUGGAGAAGUCCUCUCAUCAGACGCUGCCCUGGUCAGGAUUGCUCCUCCGUAUUCCCCAGUAUGCCGGUGUGUUCGGGUGUCGCUGCCUCCAUUGGUGACGCUUCCUUCAGGAGUCCCAGCGCCGUGGCAGCUGGAGAAAGGGCCCGUGAGCCCCUGUGAGCACAGAGGAGACUGUGAGGAGACUCAGAGGCAGCUUUGCUGGCCCUGCACGGCUGCUUCUCUGGCUUCUGGGUUAUGGGACGGCCUGAGCAACAUUUCUCUUAGUCUGUCAGUUCACAGACUGCCCCUGUAGAAAUCAGGGUGAGGUUGUUUUUCUUUCCUAGGUGUUUUGGUUGUUUUUUUGUUUUUCAAAAAGAGUUUUUCCACGAUGCAUUUUGUGGUAGCUUUGUCUGAAUUUCUGAUGAGCAUUUCCUGGAACCAUGGUCGAUUGUUGAAACGCGGUGUGGGUGUAGGGUGACUGGGCGACUGGUUGGCUGGUGGAUAAGCUCCUGUUUCCCGUGGAAAGCCUGGCCACCUGCCCUCACCUCCCCGUGCGGGGCUUGUGGAGAAGUCUGUCCCUCUGAGGAAUGCAUCAAGAAGGCUGGCAGGGCUGGAGAGGAGGCAGCCCAUUCUGUUCUCAAAGCUGCCAGGACAGAAACUGUCAGGUAAAGGAAGCUCCCGGGAUACCCGUGGGUCCGGCCUGCAGUGCGGGAUGAGAGACCACUGCAAACUCCGGAGCAAACGAAAAGACCAGAGCACUGUCCGUGGGAUGGGGGCAGGGUGGGGUUCGUAGCAGAGCAAAGCUUGCUCCUUCACUCCGUAGAGCAUGUCUGGGGGAAGGGGGGGAGAGAUCCACGUCCUUGGCUGGUGGUGUUGGCUUCGUGAGCACCAUCUGUCCUUCAUUUCAUUCAUUCAACAACUAGUGCAGAGCACUUACUAACCUCCGCUAAUGUAAGGGCGGCAAGCAAGAUGCAAACGCCACUCUUUCUAGUUCUCAACAGCCCGGCGCUGGAAGCCAGCCACCCCGCUCCUUACCGCCCGCCGGGCGGCACGGUCCAGAGGGACUGUACCAGCGCUCUGUCCGGGACGGUUGGCCACUUUACCAAACUGCUCUAACCAUAGGAAUCACUGCGGUAACUCGUCGCUCGCCGGGCCCACCAAGAGUCGUGUCUGCUGAGUCUUCCAGGGUAGGCAACACCCUGGCGUGCCAGAGACAGCCUGGAGAGGAGGACUGGCGCCUUCUCUAGGGGCAAUCAGGAGCCGUCUUGUGCACAAAACAUUCUAAACACUAGUGAAGCCUGUUUCGUUGGACUAAUUCUGACUCUGGAACAUGUUUUUGUUUUUUAGUUACGGUUUUGUUUGGAUUCGAGCUUAGUUUGUUAAUAUGUAUAAUUUAGCAUCUCUUGCACUCAUGUAAAUAUGGAGUAAGUAUUGUAAACUAUUUCAUUGCUGGGGAUUGUGGGGUGUUAUACAUACAUUUAGGACUGCAAUUUUUUUGGUAUUUUUUGUAUUGUAAAAUAACAGCUAAUUUAAGCAGGAACAAGAGAAUUGAGAGAGGACUGUGCAUUUUAAACACAAAUGUGAAGAACUUGUACAUAAACAAAAGUAAAUACUAUAAUACAAACUUCCUUCUGAAAUAAAAGUAGAUCUGGUAAAAAUGGG